CUCCACUGCAGCCCCGCUAGACUUUCAGUGUAAUUCCAGCUAAUGCGGAUAAUGCGCGGGACGCAGUGCGCAUGGUGCACGCCGCCUACGACGCACAACCCUCCUUGGAUUUGGAGCUGCUCUCACCCGCUGGUAGGGAGGGCACGGCGGGUGAGAUUAUGUGAUUGUCUCUGGAUGAAACAUGCAGUCUGACUGUUUGUCGAUAUUUUUUCAGUCAAAAUGGUGAUUUUUCAGAUUAUUAAACGCCAAGUGAGACACCUGUGGGAUUAAUCAGACGCAGAAGGACAGAUGAUGAGAGUCGCAGGUGAAUUUCAGGGGGCUUUUGGCAGAUUGCAGCAGGACUCACUCAACAAACAGCCAAUCACAACAGGGAGGAGAGUCUGAGGUCUGCGCUGUGAGAUGGACUCAUAUGGCUCAUCACUAAAUCGCAGCCAAUCGCUGGCAAGUGGACUGGAAAAGACUUCCCACACGUGGAACAAGCCAGCCCACUCUCAGAGCAGCAGCACUCUGUCAUCCCGCCACUCCAGACAGAUUGUCAAAGACUGGGAAGUGCUUGAAGACCUUCAGGUUGAAAUGCAGGCAGGAGGUGACGAUCCUCAGGACAGGCCCACCCCGGGAAUCUGUGAAGGCUAUCUUCUCAAGAGGAGGAAGUGGCCGCUCAAAGGGUGGCACAAGCGGUACUUUGUCUUGGAAGGAGGGAUCUUACGCUACUCCAAAAACCAACAAGAUGUGGCCAGGGGAAGAGUCCAGGGCUCGCUAGAUGUUAGCCUUGCUGUAAUAUCAAUAAAUAAGAAAUCAAAUCGGAUUGACUUGGAUGCGGGGGACAUUCUGUAUCAUAUGAAGGCAAAGAGUCAUGAACUCUUCUACAUCUGGGUAACCAAGCUACAAGCUCACCGCUUCUACAAGAAGAAUGAGGCAGCUCAUGUUCACAGCAGCUUCCUCCAGUCUUUGUCCCAUCCCACUGCUGUUGGACAAGCUCAGAGAAAUGGAGAUUUGAGCUCCACAGGGAUGGCAGAUUCAGCUGGCGCAUCAGGAGUGCUGCCCUCAGCUAACACCGCCGUGAACAGGAAGGUGUCUGCCUGGCUGCAGCAAAGCCACGAUCCCGACACCUGCGUUCAAGAGUUGAACCGUUGUCAUCUGGACCUCUCUGAGCUAAAUCGCUUAAUCCAGAGGCUGCAGGUGCUGGAGGUGGGCCAGGCUUUUACUAAUGGAGACCUGCAGCGCAUCAUCAGCAUACAGAAUCUCUCACUCGAGAAACCAAAGAAGCCGAAGUCAGGGAAGAUGUGGGGCCAUUCUCGCACACUGUCCAGAGUGGAGGCCCUGGGAAUGGUAAGCAUGCCUAUACGUGGGAUUACUAAAUCGCUGUCCUCCAGUCACCUGAGCAACUCGGCCCACCUCGGUGCAUCAGUCCCGUGCAUCCCUGACUACGUCUACUCCCAGCUCUCCCCUUCCUCGAUCACAUCGCCCGAAGGCAAGAAAAUCCAACAGGACAUCUGCACCAUGUCAUUACGAGUGCUUAAUUCUCUGAAGUCAGUGCAUGAGACUCUGUCCCAGGAGAGGCAGAAGCUGCAAGAAGUCUUUGAAACUAACAACGUGCACCAGUCCAACACAUUAGCUGAGCCUGAAGCAGUGAGGCGCUCAUCCCAAGGACCUCCUUCAGUGGCAGACUCAGCUGCAGAAUAUUUUGAUGCCAGCGAUGACAUCCUGUGGGGUAGCUCCUCUGAGGUGUCUUAUGAAUCCGGGCUUAGUGAUGGAAGCACCACCAACUCUGAGCCUGAGGAAGGACACGCAUCAGCUACCCGGAAGUACCGUGCCAGCAUUUCCAGGACUCCCAACAGUGUUGUUCCCAAGAGCACGGGACGUCGAACCAAACUGCCCGCUCACUGUCCUGACAACAGCCAUGUGGGGCUUGUGGCUAUCCUCUAUAAUAACAUAGGUAAAGACUUGGCUCGAGUGUCCAUGCCUGCUGUUCUCAAUGAGCCCAUUAACCUGCUGCAGAGGCUGUGUGAAGAGCUGGAGUACAGCGAGCUGCUGGAUACUGCCAGCAACACACCAGACCCUUACCAGAGGAUGGUUUACAUCGCUGCCUUUGCCAUCUCUGGCUACUCCACUGCAACGUUCAGAAACCGCUACAAGCCUGUUAACCCAAUUCUAGGGGAGACCUACGAGUGCAUCAGAGAGGACCGGGGUUUCCGCCUCAUCAGUGAGCAGGUCUGCCACCAUCCUCCCAUCUCUGCCUGCCACGCAGACUCAGAGAACUUCUCCUUCUGGCAAGACCAGCGAUGGAAAAAUCAGUUCUGGGGAAAGUCGCUGGAGAUCCUGCCAACAGGAAUGGUGAAUGUGACUCUGCCGAGGUAUGGCGAUCACUAUGAGUGGAACAAAGUAGUGACCUGCAUCCAUAAUGUAUUCAGCCAGCAGCGAUAUCUGGAGCAUUAUGGAGAGGUCACCAUCAAAAACCUCAAAAAUAAAAUCUGCACCUGCAAGAUUACCUUCGUCAAGUCUCGUUAUUGGGGUUCAGACACAAACAAGAAUGAGGUGCAGGGCACGGUGCUGGACCAAAGCGGGAGCGUCAUUCACCGGUUUGGAGGUCUGUGGCAUGAAGGGAUCUUCUGUGACACUCUGCCGACUCCAAAAUGCAUCUGGAAGCCAAAUCCACAGCCAAAGGAUUACCUUCUGUAUUAUGGCCUCUCCAGCUUUGCCAUGGAGCUGAAUGAGCUCACGCCAGACCUGAAGCCUCUUCUGCCUCCUACCGACACCCGCCUGCGCCCAGACCAAAGAAUGCUGGAGGACGGAAAGGUGGAUGAAGCCGACAGAACCAAGGAUGAGAUCGAGGAAAUGCAGAGGGUGCGGAGGAAAGAGCUCGCCAAAAGGGGUGAAGAGCACGUUCCACGUUUUUUCAAGAAAUCCAAAGAUUCCUCUGGACGGGACGUGUGGUUGACAAACGGGACGUACUGGAAGCUUAGAGAGAAUCCGGGUUUUGCUAAUCUUGAAAACUUAACUCUGUGGUGACGAGACUGCAGAAAUGUGGAGACAAAACCACAUUAAAGGACGAGAUCGGAAAUAUCGGUGCUGGAAAUUCUGGACAGCAUGCAUGAACCACUCAGAGAGGAAGUGGAGACAGUGCUGCAGAUCUCUUCUUGGUCCUUCGGCACACCCAUGACUGGUUCAUGGGAAUCCUCAGUCACCCAGCAAUCAUAAAUGGAGAUAAAACAAUGAAAAACUUUCAGAUUUCUUAUUUAUUUAAUUUUUUUAGAUUACUUUUUAGAUUUUUUGACAAACUCUUAAGGAUUUGAAAGUUUCUGCCUGUAUAAAAUCUCAUAAACCCACAUUUUGUUCACAGUAGAACAUAGAAAACAUGUUCAAAUGUUUAAACUGCAAAAUGUAUCAUUUUAAGAUAAAUAUUAGCUCAUUUUGAACUUGAUAGCAGGGGCAUGUGUGCCCACAUUUAGCAUCCUUUUAAUGACAGUCUGUAAACAUCUGGGAGCUGAGGAGAGCAGCUGCUGGACUUCUGGGGGAGGAUUGUUGUCCUGUUCUUGUCUGAUGGAGGUUUCUAGCUCAGCAGUCCUGGCUCUUCUUUUUUGUAUUUCCUAUUUCAUGAUGCACCAGAAGUUUUCAGCUGGUCAAAGGUCAGGACUGCAGGCAGACUUGGUGCUGGAAUAGCUGCAGGAUGUGGUUUAGCAUCGUAAUAACAUGUUGCUCUAAAACCUGAAUAUAUCUUUCAGCUCUGAUGGUGCUGUUUAUAUCAGUCAUGUUACUGACCUGUUGCCAUUUCGUUUAGUACCACAUCCUUUUUCAGCCUUUUGUUGCCCUGUCCCAGCUUUUUUUGAGACAUCAAAUUAAAAAUGAGCCAAUAUUUUUCUUAAAAUUGUAUGUUUUCUCAUUACAACAUUUGUUUGUUUUCUAUGUUCUAUUGUGAAUAAAAUCUGGGUUUGUGAGAUUUGCAAAUCAUUUGUUAUUAUUUACAUUUUACAAAGCAGCCCAACCUUUUUGGGAACUGUAGUUAUUAUACGUAAAGAUUUAAAUGAAUCGUGUGUUUUAUGACAGCUUUUAUAUUUCUUGAGAUCUUAACUACAGUCAGGGCUCCACGAAUCAGCCUCUUGGUGAGAAUUUGAUCUGUUGCAGUUUUGGUUGGAAAAAGAGAAAAAAUAAAGAUAUGAAGAUCAUAACUUUAAACCAUGUUAUCAACAUCAAACGACAGUGAUGAACCUACGCAGUGGGAGAGACCAAAAAUAGAGCAAAAAGAGUGUGAAGAAACUCGGGACUUCAAGUAAACAAAAGAUCCUUAACUGCUACAUGUGCAAAUGUUGUGUAUUCGGUAUAGAAUUUGUUUCCACUGGUUCAAAAAAGUUUGCACUUCUUUAAUUCUUGUGUUGUUUUCAAAGUUUGUGGUGGCAGGGAGCACCUACGAGGGAGUCCUCACAUGGGUUUAGACAGCAAUGGACAAAAGCAGCUUGUUUCAUUGGUCCCCAUCCAUGAUGAUGGAUGAUGAUACACCGCAGUUUUAUUAUUUGCAUAUCCGAUGGCACACCCGGACUCCCCCUGCAAACAACAGUUGCAGAGAACCUUAGUUUAUAGGUUUUAUGUAAAUGAUAACAAAUGCUUUUCCCAGGCAAGUCUAACUUAGACUACAGUGUAUUUACACCAUAUAUCUACAUGCCCAAAGUUGAAGUGCAAACAUUUUUGCUUGUGGUGGCUCAGGACAUUCUCACAUGAGAGAUUCUUAAUCUCUAGAGUUUAAUUUACUGUUGCCAAACUAAAGUUUAAGACAGAAUCUGUCUGCUUUAGUUGUGCUAUCAUGGAAAGUUUAGUAGUGCAAUUUCUUCAAAAAUACAUAUUUUUAAUGUUUUUUAAUUUAUUUUUUUGACCUGUAAUCUAAAUGACAGUUACAAAUGUUCAAUAAUCACAUGUUUAAAAAAAGAGCUAAUAUAUUACCCUUUAUUUAUACAGUAUUCACCGAAACCUGUACAUAUACUGUAUUUAUACAUUAAACAGGUGGCAUCGUAACUGUGUUUUUAGUGGAACUGCAUUCAUAAUGACUGCACUUGACUGCAAAUAAAUGUGUUCUUACAUGCAU